AUGACCUGCGCGCGUAGCAACUUCCGCGCCGUCGGCUGGCGCGCGCACGACUUCCGGAAGCCCAUCGUCACCAUCGGCGUGCCCUUCACGAACAUCAUGCCCUGCAACGACCGCACGCUCGAGCUCGCGAACGCCGCCGCGGCGCUCCUCGAGGCGCGGGGCUGCAAACCCUUGCUGGCCAUGUGCCCGGCCAUCUCCGACGGCAUCACGCAGGGCAGCUCGGGCAUGCGCUACAGCCUCGCGUCGCGCGAGCUGAUAGCCGACGGCAUGGAGACGAUGCACGAGGGCUACGGCGCCGACGCGAUGCUCACGCUCAGCGGCUGCGACAAGACCGUGCCCGCGGCGCUCAUGGCGCCGGCGCGCUGCGACGCCGUCGCCGUGAGCCUCUUCGGCGGCGCGGCGCAGCCGGGCGCGCCCAAGCCCGGCGCGGGCCGCCGCUGCGCGGACCCGGGCAAGGUCAUGGAGGGCAUCGGCGCCUACGGCCACGGCUUGAUCGACGUCGAGGAGCUGCACCGGCUGGAGUGCACGUCGCUGCCCGGCUCCGGAUCCUGCAGCGCCAUGCGCGCGGCGGCGUUCACAGCAUGUACGAUGGGCGCGAUCACGGAGGCGCUCGGCCUGGGCCCGCCGGGGUCGGCGACGAGCACGGCGACGACGCCGUCGAACGCGACGAACCCGGAGAAGCUCGCGGAGGUCGCGACGGCCGUCGACAUGCUCCUGGGCCUCAUGAAGUCCAAGGUCACGGCGCGGCGCAUCCUGACGCGCGAGGCCUUCGAGAACGCCGUCGCCGUCGUCUACGCCGUCGGCGGCUCGACGAACUCCGUGCUCCACGUCCUCGCGCUCGCGCGCGAGGCAGACGUCGAAUUUUCCAUCGACGACUUCUGCGCCGCGGGCGCCGGCGUCCCGAUCCUCGCGGACGUGUCGCCGCACGGCUCGUACCACACGAAGCACCUCCACGCCGCGGGCGGCAUCCCCGCGGUCAUGAGGGAGCUGCUGGGCGCGGGGCUCCUCCACGGCGGCUGCCUCACGUGCACGGGCAAAACGGUCGCGGAGAAUCUCGCGGACGUCCCCGCGCCGGCGCCGGGCGCGCCGCCCGUCGUCCGGCCCGUCGCGGCGCCCUUCGCGCCCGCGGGCAAUCACAUCGUCUGCCUGCGCGGGUCCCUCGCGUCCGAGUCAGCGGUCAUGAAGCUCUCGGGCAAGGACAUCGACGCGUUCCGGGGGCCCGCGCGCGUCUUCGAUUCGGAAAAAGACGCGUACGCGGCGAUCAUGGCCAGGGACUCGCCCGUCGUCGCGGGCGUCGUCGUCGUGAUCCGCUACGAGGGGCCCAAGGGCGCGCCGGGCAUGCCCGAGAUGCUCAGUCCCGGCGCGGCGCUCGUCGGCCGCGGCCUCGGUCCGCGGUGCCCGCUCGUCACCGACGGCCGCUUCUCGGGCGCGUCCCACGGCCUCAUGGUCGGGCACGUGAGCCCCGAGGCCGCGCGCGGCGGCACCGUCCAGCGCACCAUCGCCCUCGUCGAGGACGGCGACGUCGUCGUCAUCGACGUGAAGGGGCUCCGCCUCGAUCUCGACGUCCCGGCGGACGUCCUCGCGGCGCGGCGCGCGGCGCUGGCGGCCCGCCCGCGGCCGAAGCUCGUCGGCACGCUCCGCAAGUACGCGGCGCUCGUCCAGAGCGCCCACGUGGGGGCGACGACGUAG